GCGCGAGGCUGGGUGGCCCAGGCGGAUUUCGAGGACCUCGACGGUGGAGACGAGGACCUCUGGGAGGCGCUGGAGGCCGUCGUGCCCGCGCCCGAGGUGGACGGGCCCGUGCCGAUCGACCCGUUGGCGGUGGCCCAGGGCGAAUGCUACUGCAGCACGGGCAACACAGCAGGCGGCCUUGAGCAGUGCCGGUUCGCGUGGCGGGCGCUGCGGGUCUCCAGCGCAGUGCCGCCGCGGCGCUUCGCGAAGGCCGAGUUCCUUGUCCGCGACGGCGGCUACUGGGACUGGUGGGCCAGCCAGCCUGGGCAGCCGAGCACGGUGACAAAACGCCCGCUCAUCCACGUGUGCUCGGGGAACCCGUGCUCAGUCGUGGAGGGGCCGGGGACGUGCACCGAGCUGGUCCACGUGGCGGACGGGGAGGAGCUCGGCCUCACGGACCUGCGGGCGCUGUUCGUCGAGUGCCAGGAGGCGCACCCGGAGGCGGCUUGGCCAGGAGCAUGCCUCGGGCCGCUGGUCGCCGCCGCCGCCCCCGCGAGGCCUGCUGCGGUGGCCAGAGCGACGGGUCGCCCGCCAGCCGCAGCAGGUCCUCCCAGGGCCCCGCCUGGCGCUGCCCCCUUCGACGACUUGCGAAGCAUAGGUGGCUCGUCGCGCGGCCCUGGCUCAGAGCUGGCCGCAGACGAGGAGGCAGCUGGCGCGGGCGGCCUGGGGGGCAAGCUCGCAGGGGUUCGCGUGCGCCUCGAGGAAGGGAAGCGGGCUGCUGAGGACGUCAGCUUGAGCGGUUUCCCCCUCGGCGCAGAGGCGGCUGGCAAGGAGCCUGAGAAGAAGCGGUCGCUCGGGCACCUGCUGGUCGAGCGCGCCGCGAAGCUCACGAGGGCCGCCUCGGACGCGGGCCCCCGAGGGUCAGGGGGCCCCGCGCCCGAGCGGGCGCCGCCAGGAGCUGGUCUGAGCGGCGGCACGGCGGAGCUGGCGCAGGCGGUCGCGAAGGCCAUCCGCGAGGGCAAGGAGGCCCCCCCUGGUGGCAGCGGCGGGGACGGCCUCGGCUCCCUGGACCCCGCGGCGGUGCCGCGCGACCUGGCCACGAGGAGGGGGGAGGCGGCCGUCGACGCGACGGGCCCGAUCGCGCUGCGGUACCUCCUCACGGUCUACCUGCCGCAGCAUCCGGUGAAGGAGAUCGGCGUGCAGACGUACCGUGUGCUCCGCACCCUUGCGGAGGCGGUGGACCUGCUGAUGCAGGGGAAGGUGGCCCACGCCUGCGACCUGAUCGUCCAGCGCCUAAGGGCGCUGCAGGUGGCAACGACGGACGGCUCGUGGGCGGCGGCGAGGUGGUUGGUACUGAUCCCGCCGCGCAACGAUCCCACGGUCAUCUGCAGCGAGGAGGAGGAGCUCAUCCGCAGCAUCCAGCUCGGCGGGAUGAGGUUGGACGAGCUCUCCGCGCGCCUGGCCUCCGCCAAGGCGCCGGGAUGGGGCGGGGGCCCGACGGGGGCGCGCCCGCCGCUGGCGCCUCCGUUUGUUGGCCAGGGGUCGGCAGCCCCACCGCCGUGGAAGAUGUCCUUCGCGGAGAUGCGGAAGGAAUUCCCGAAGCAGCCAGUGGGGGCGAACACCCUGCACCACCUGCGAGCCUUCAAAGCUCGCGCGGCGGGCGUCGCGGAGCCCCCGCUGGCCACCGCGCUGCAGCGCUGGGCCGACGAGCUCUCCCUCGGCUUCGGCAAGAGCCUCGUCGCGGUCGGCCUGGCGGCGCAGCUGGCAGCAGCAGUGCGACGCCACCCAGGCAGCCUUGGCCACUUCGCUCGGUCGUUCAGCACGCGUGCGGACACAUUUUGUGGGAGCGGAGGGUCGUCGAACAGGAGGGUUCGGGACGCCCUGCCGCUUCCCCUUCCGUCGACCGAGGAGGUGGGCCGCUGGCUGGCCCACAGCGCCUUGCCCGAGGCACGCAGGUGCCGCCGCCGCGCCGCGGCGCGGGAGGUCAGCGAGCAGGCGUGGCUGCACCUCAGCGCGGCGGCGCUCAACUAUGCGUUCUGCGGCCGCUCGCAGGGAGGCUGGCGCCACAGGCUGACCCUGUCGAAGGCGCAGGCGCGGGUCUACGUGCAUUUGAAGAGCCGAGCGGCGGCCUUGGCGGAGGACCCGCUCGCUAUGGUCGUGGUCCCUGCGAUCGACGAGCUGGCGGGCGGCUGCGAGUCAGCGUGCGAGGGCGAGACAGGCGUGAAGGCCCUCCCCUGCCGGCUCUGCGAGCUGGCCCCUGGCCUGCCCACGCGGGAGUGCGCUGCCACGCUCGACGCGACCGACUUCGUUGGCGCUGAGGUCGGCGCCUGGCUGCGCCGCCUCGUGCUGGCGCUCCUCGACCAGUCCGACUGGCCCGACCCGUCGCCGCGGGCCCGCGUGAACGUGGAGACGGAGGCGGACUGGGAGGAGCUGGUGCUGCACCUCGUGUCGCUCAGCAUCUUCACCGCGCUCGCGGAGAGCGAGCUGGUCCGCGUGAGGGGCGAGCCCGUGCUGAUCGGCCUGUUCGCAAUGGAGAAGAAGGGCACCGCAGCGCCUGACGCCACGCGGGUCACCAGGCUCAUCCCCGACAUGGUGCCAGGCAACUCGCUCCUGAAGGCCCACGUGGGCGAGGCGGCGCUGCUCGCGGCCUCGGCGUCCUGGACGGCGGUCGUGGUCCCCGACGGGAAGCUGCUGCUGUGGUCGGGCGACGACCAGAAGGGGGCCUUCUUCGUGUGGCGGGCUGGCAGCGGCCAGGACGCUGGCCGGUGGCAGGGCUACAUCGACGACUUCGAUGCGCCGGAGAUCGUCGAGGAGGUUUUGGCCUGCAAGCUCGUGGGGGCCCCGAGCGACCUCCAGCUGCAGGUCCGCGCCAGCUGCGAGAGGGCGAGCGCCUCCUUCUCGGCCGAGAAGGCGCACUGCAGGCAGCUGAGUGUCAAGCGCAUGGGCGCGGACGUCGACGGCGUCGGCGGGCGCCUCGCGGUCCCCGCCUCCAAGGCGCUGGCCACUGCGGGCCUUUGCUUGGCCGCGGUGCCGCGGCGCCUGGUCCCGCGGCGCGUUGCCAUGGCGGCCCUCGGCAUGCUCGCGAGGGUCCUCGAGUUCAGGCGGCCGCUCUUCGGGGUCCCGCACUCCGUCUGGGCGCUGGCUGCGCCCUCGGCGCAGGAGGCUUACCUGGACGCGGAGAUGGUGGAGGAUCUCCUCAUGGGCGUGAUGGUCCUGCCGCUGGCCGCCUCCUCGCUGCGGGCGCGCAUCGACGGCGUGGUCACGUCCUCGGACGCGUUGGAAAUGGGCGGCGGCGUGUGCACGUCGGCCGGCCUGCGCGAGGAUGUCGCCGCCGCCUUGCAGGUGCCGAGGACGGUCCCCGACCAGCUGGGGAUAGGGGCCAGGCUCCUCGACAUGGCCGAGGAUCCCGCCCGACCGCGGGCGGCAGCCAACCCGCGCGUCCCCGCCAGGGCAGUCCGCAGGGUGUUGUCGGUGCUGCUCAUCUGCCUGUUCGACGGCAUCGGAGGCCUCGCCGUCGCCUUCUCGAGGCUGCCCUUCCGCAUCGCGGCCUGCGUCGCGGCCGAGACGGGCGCCAAGGCGAGGCGCGUUGUCAGGCUCCGCUGGCCAGGUGUCAUCGGCUGGGGCGACGUCACCCGCGUGGGCAGCGAGACGAUGCGGGACCUGUUCGAGGGGUUCGGCGGCCUCGUUGACCCCGUGGCGGUCGCUGCGGGCAGCCCCUGCCAUCACCUGUCACGCCUCGACGUCGGCGGGCGCGGCCUCAGCGGUAGGGGGUCCUCGCUGUCCCACGAGGUGCCGCGUGUCCUGGCUCUCCUCGCCGCCGUCUUCAGGGGCAAGCUCGUUUGGUUCGUGGAGAACAUGGCCAGCAUGUCCAACGUCAAUGUGGAGCUGAUCUCGGAGGCGCUGCAGGUGAGACCGACGCUGGUGUGCUCGUCGGUGUUCGUGCCGUGCCGCAGGCCGCGCCUGUUCUGGACGAGCUGGGGCGUCACCUCAUCGGCGCCUCUUCGGCUGACCGACCGCGGGGUCUACGACGAGCUGGUGGGCCCUGGCGUCCCGCUUAUGGGCCUCGCGUGGGAGGACGAGGGCGGCUCUUGGCCAGGGAGACCGAGGUACACCUCCCUAGCCACCCAGGGCUCGAACCCUCAGGACGCCUUCGACGCCAGGGCUUUCCUCCUCGGCAACAGCUUCAGUAUUCACGACGUGGCACGGUUGCGCCAGCAACUCCUGCACCGCCGCGGCGCGCUGGACAGGGAGCUGUCGAUAGAAGAGACGCCCCCCGUCCGCGAGUGCCAGGUGACGUGGGACCAGGCGGGGGCCUUCGUCACGGAGCCAGGGGAGCCGGACACCGCGGAGGCGAGGCAGCUGGUCCUGCACUACCUCAGCCGCGCGGAGAAGGGCGGGUCGGACGUCAGGCUGGACUACGGCGUCCCCUACCGCCCGCGAGGUUGGCCGAGGACGAGCCUGGGCCCGUUUGUGUGGAAGUGGCGCGUGGCGGUCAGCAUGGCGUGGCCCGGGCGGAACUCCACCCACAUAAACGUGAGAGAGCUGCAGGCGGCCACGUCGGCGAUCAGGUGGCGCGCCCGCAAGGUCGCGCAGCACGGGGGCGAAUUCUUGCACCUCGUCGACAGCCAGGUGGUCGCGGCCAUCGUGACGAGGGGCCGCAGCAGCAGCAGGAAGCUCCAGCCCAUCCUGAUGCGCCUGAUGGCCGUUGUCGUGGCGGCCGACAUGUACCCACUGAUCGGCUACGUGGUCUCGGAGGACAACCCCGCGUGGCUCGGAGCCCAGGAGGCGAGGGCGACCCGUGCCGCGCGCGCGGCCGUUCACCGCAGGCCCGUGCCCGUAAGGCGCCGCGGGACGCGCUGCCAGACUCUCCCUUCCCUGACAGUGUCGGCGGAGACGCGGCGGCGCUACGGGCGGGCUCCGCGGGCCCUGCUGGCCCACUUCGGAGCUGAGCAGGCGGGGGCGGACGCUUUGCGCGGCGACCCCGAGGACGCCGACGCCCUCGUCGCGGAGUGCCUCGAGGACCUGUGGGCUUCUGGCGCGGGCAGCGCGGCCGCCAGCAACACGCUGGCAGAGGUGUGCUUCGCAACGCCUCGCCUGAGGCGACACCCUGGCCUGAGCGGGACUCUCCUCAGGGCAUGGAGGCAGCAUGGGCCAGCGCCCAGGGUGCUGCUGCUCGCGACCCAGGCCGUCGCGGCCAUGGCGGGGAUCGCUUGCGCUGCAGGCGCUUUCGACGCGGCCGCCCUGACGGUGAGCGACAUCGUCGACCGCGACAUCGUCGACGAGCUGUUUGUGGUCCGCAUCAGCUCGUCCAAGACCACGGCUGGCAAGGACUGCGCGGAGGCAGUCAUCGUCCGCGGCAGGAUGGCCGUGGUGCUCCUGCGGAUGGCAGGCCGCGGCCUUGGUGCAGGUGCGCGGCUCUCCACCGCACGCCUGUGCAUCGAGGGCGCGGUGGCCAGCUCAGUGCCCGCCAGCCCGGGGGCAGGGCAGCCCGCGCCGUUGCGCGAGGACUGCGGCUCCUGCAGCUGGCCACUGUAA